AGCUACAAGACUCUACUGUGUGCAGACAGACCUCCAUCUUGUCAUCGCUCCAUCACAGUACGCUGGAUCAACAUGGAGGAUCUAAUUGCGGGAGUUAAAGAAGCCCUGCAGAACAACGACACUGCAGCAGCAACAACAAAAAUUCAAGAAUAUUUAGAAGAACAAGAAAAUAUUCCACUAAAUAUCGCCAUCACAGGAGAAUGUGGCUCAGGUAAAUCAACUUUUGUUAAUGCCUUCAGAGGGAUAGAUGACAAAGAUGAGGGAGCUGCUCCUACUGGUGUUACAGAAACAACCUUAGAGUGUGCACCGUACCCCCAUCCAAACUAUCCCAAUGUUACUUUGUGGGAUCUCCCUGGAAUCGGCACCACCAAGUUUCCAGCUAAGAAGUACCUGAAGCUUGUUGGAUUUGACAAGUUUGACUUCUUCAUCAUCAUCUCAGACACUCGCUUCAGAGAAAAUGAUGUGAAACUCGCAAACGAGAUCCAGAGGAUGAAGAAAAAGUUCUACUUUGUUCGCUCAAAGAUCGACAACGAUAUAAAUGCUGAGAGAAGAAAGAGAGACUUCAGUGAAGAGAGGACUCUGACAAAGAUCAGAGACGACUGCAUUCAAGGUCUUCAGAGACAAGGCGUCGUGUCCCCACAGGUCUUCCUGGUGUCCAGCUUUGUGCUCCACCUGUACGACUUCUCUCUCUUACAUCCGACCUUAGAGAGAGAACUUCCUGCACACAAGAGAGAUGCUCUGCUGUUCGUCAUGCCCAACAUCAGCCUGGAGAUCAUCAACAAGAAGAAAAAAGCGUUUCAGUCUAAAAUAAAAUACUACUCUAUUCUGUCUGCAGCUGUAGCAGGGGUUCCAGUUCCUGGACUUUCUGUUGCUGUUGAUCUCGGCUUGAUGGUUGCAGUUGUUUCAAAAUAUGUAGCUGGGUUUGGUCUUGAUAAGUCAUCUCUGGAGAGACUUGCUGCCAGCUCAGGUGUUCCAUACACUGAUCUGAGUGCUGUCAUUAAAUCAAAACUGUCUGCAGAGAAAACAACCAAAGAUCUCAUCCUGAAGUUGUUGGUCUCAGCUGCAAGCAUAGUUGCAUCAAUGGCAGCAGAGGAAGCAGCCAGAUGGAUUCCAGUAUUUGGGAUUGUAGCAUCAAUGAGCCUCUCAUUCAUCACAACCUACAAAGCUCUGAGUUAUUUCCUCAGUGAGCUCGCUGCUGAUGCUCAGAAAGUGUUUAACAAGGCUCUGGGAUGAACAUGUCAGAGUCAUUCUGUGGAUUAACUGUCAGUUUAACAUGUUUUAAGUUACAGUAUAUGACCAAGCUUUGAAUUAUUUUAUCAGCAGAUCACAUCUCAGUCAUCUAGCUUUUUUUUUUAACAGGCAUGCUGCUACAGCUGAUCAGAGUGUGAGUGUACCCUGCAGUUUUAAUUUCAAUAACUGAAUCGAUUUUGAUUCACAAGGUGCUGAUUUAAUUAGAAUAGAUUUGAUUCAAUUUGAUUCCAUUUCGACUCAAGACAGUCAGAAAUAUUAUAAUUCUGAUCAUUUAUCAGCACAUAUCCAUAUUUUUAUAUCUAUGUAUUAGGGAUGCACCGAUACCACUUUUUGGAAAACGAGUACGAGUACGAGUAGUUGCAUUUCAGUACUCGCCAAUACCGAUACCGAGUACUUACUCAUUGACAAAUGCCAGCCAUUUGACUUUCUGGUAGUAAUA